ACUGAUGCACUUUAGCCAAAGUCAAUAGCACCCACACAUAUCUUUUUAUACCCAGAAUCAAAGUGAAAAUUGUUUACACUAGCAAGAUAGUCUACACAAAACAGACAAGGUUGAGUCAGUAAAAUUCUGAAGAGUUAGCAGUAAUUUCUAAAAGUUGGCAGGUCACAUAAAUUAUAAAAGGCUGACAGUUAACUCUCCUUUGGCACCUCUUGUUGUCCUCUGGAAAACUAGUGAGCUGGUAAGAGCGAUAAUAAGAAAUAAGGCUACAACAUCCAAGGUUUUCUUGCAGUCAUGUCUGUUGUUAACUCAACACACCUCCCUGUCCCUUCACCUUUCCCUACAACGUAAUUUCUAAAGGAGAGUGGAAGUAUGAAUAUGGGUGAAAGAUCAAGAUGGGCAACCAUGUUAGCUUGUCUGUAGCAGUCCGUCCUGUGAGUGAACGGGCACUGAGAACAGGGCAGGCAAGACUCACUUCUAUCAUGGCCUUGUCAGACAAUUACACUUAUAGGGGAUUGGAAACUGAAGCUUUGCACUUACAAGAAAAUCCCUCAACAUUUCCCCUUCCUUCCUUAAAGCUACAUCUUUAUGAGAGGGAAUACCAAACCUGCUUGCUUCUGUCUUCUUCAAAUGCAUUAAUACAUGACAUUUCCAUUUUAAACCUCUAUGGGUCUCCUUUAGCACUUGCUAGACUCCUUUCUUUCUGCCAUUGUAGGAGGAAGUGCGGGGGGACGGAGGUCUGCGAAGCCAUGCCUCUCUCUACCCAAGCAGAAACUGGAGAAGAGCAAUACGUCUUGGCUGCCAAUCUUGACAAUGUCCGAAAUCUCUCGAAUAUCCUGAAAGCCAUCCAUUUUAAGGACCAUGCUACUUGUUUCGCAACUACGAAUGGACUCAAGGUGACGGUGGAAAAUUCAAAGUGUCUUCAGGCAAACGCUUUUAUUCAGGCAGGAAUUUUCCAAGAAUUUGCGGUGCAGGAGGAAUCCGUGACGUUCAGAAUCAAUCUGUCUGUUCUUUUAGACUGCUUGACUAUCUUCGGUACAAGCUCCUUGCCAGGAACUCAGACCGCCCUUCGGAUGUGCUACCAGGGAUACGGUUAUCCCUUGACCCUCUUCCUGGAGGAAGGGGGUGUGGUAACUGUGUGUAAAAUCAACACUCAAGAGCCUGAAGAGAUACUCGAUUUUGAUUUCUGCAGCACGAAUGUUGUGAACAAAAUUAUCCUGAAAUCGGAAGGGCUGAGGGAGGCAUUUUCUGAACUAGAUAUGACCAGCGAGGCACUACAGAUUACAAUGUCUCCAGACAAGCCUUAUUUUAGAUUGUCCACUUUUGGAAAUGCAGGAAGUGCUCAUUUUGACUACCCCAAAGACUCUGAUCUCAUAGAAGCUUUUAACUGCAAUCAGACCCAGACAAACAGAUACAAGAUCUCAUUACUGAAGCCAUCAACCAAAGCACUCGCGCUGUCUUGCAAAGCAUCUAUUCGGACAGAUAACAGAGGUUUCUUGUCGCUGCAGUACAUGAUCCGGAACGAAGAUGGACAGAUCUGCUUUGUGGAGUAUUACUGUUGCCCAGAUGAAGAUGUUACCGAAGCAGAAAUGUAGCUGCCUGACACAAACUCACACAUACACACAUUUUUUUUUUAACAAACUAUCUGGACUAGUGAUUUUUGAAUGAAAAUUUUCUGAGAGGAAGGCAAGAAUCUUUUUUUUUUAAGAACGAAAAACGGAGCAAGAAAGUGCUGGUGUAGCGAUAAACUAUACAGCAGGUGAGAACUCAGUAGAGAGCAGGACCUUUUGCAGGGAAAGGCCAUCGGCUUCAGUGGGAGGAUGCGUUGAUACUAGAAACACAGGAAGCCUAUUCGGCCAUCAUAUAGAACAGGUAGUUAUCCAUCCAGUGGAAAUGCGGCUUUAUUGCUGCCACCACUUUGGGUCCACUUUGGUAGCAUGGAAGUGGAUCGGUUGUUGGUAAUUUCAGGAAGGGAGGAUAAGUUAUGGAUGAGCAGAGGGGCCAGGGCUAUUUGUCGCUACUUACAGUUGUUCCAAGUAGGAGCUUGAGAGAGAGCUGGAAAAUGGGAGGUUCGGUCCUUGGCGAAGCAGAAGAGCAAAGGCCUGUGAGCCUGUGAGGGGUUGUCUCUGGAUGGAGAGGUUCUUUGGAGGGCCAGAAAGUGAGGUGUUUGAGGUCAGGGUGGGAGGAGAAAGAACGGGGCUGCUGAGCUCAACUUAGACAAACCGUGGGAUGCUGUUAAGAGGGUAGACAUUGUGGAAGUAUGAGCAGCUGAUGCUUCCUGGUGACAUCUUGGGGAAGGAAUAAGAAGUGCAUUCUGUCCCCACAGUCUCCUGCCUUCACCUUCCACCCUAUUAGCUGUGAUGGAAAGACGUCCUUUGUGUCAUCCACUCUUGUCUUGGUUGGAGCUGGGUUCAAACUAGCCUUAGGAAAGCAGACCUGCGCUGGAGGACUUCUUUGCUUUUACAGCUGGUGAUGUGCCCGUUCAGCCUCAUGCCAGCACAUUAUGUGCAUGAUGCACUGAAUCCAGGCUCAGCAAGCCUAAGGAUUUUACAACGAGUCUGUCCAGUGAGAUGGUUCUGUUGGUGGGCUUCUUUGUAAUUGUACCAUACAACAGCAUGAAUUCGCCGUUGUCGGUCUCCAGCGACUGGAUCAGUGGUGACUAAGACCACGAGCGUUAUUAACACAGCAUUUGACUUGACGCCUCCUGGUGCUUCUGCGUCCUAUGGCUGGUUGCUUCACGUACAGCAGAAGACCUGCAGCAAAGGAAAGAAGAAGUGGUUCCCCCCCCCCUUCUCUAAGCAGUUUUUCAUGCAUAGGCUAACAGUAGUCCCUUACGUUCCUAAAAUGAGAAAUAAGGGGGGUGAUGCCUAACCUGUGCCAAAUGACAACGCACGAUCUUCAUGCUGUUUCGUUUGACUUGCUCAUAGAAAAGCAGUACCAAAGCCAUAAGCAGUUUGCUAUCUCAGACUUCGUCUCUGGCUUAUGCAUUUACUCUCUCACAAACAGAGCUGUGCGAACAAUACAUUGUUUCCUUAGGAGCCGUAAUGCUCUAUUUUCCUGCACUGUGGAGCUCUGUUUGGAUACAGUUGUGUGCAUGGCACUAGGUUGCGGAGGAGAGGGAAUCAGUAGUCCUAUUUCACAGAGAAAGAUUAGUAUCUAUUUCCUCCAUAGUGUUCACAUGGAAAAUUCCCCAGGCAAUCCAAGUUCAAACUCCUCCGAGCUCAGGAGCAGCAGCCACUUCCGUAAGAGGAAGGCUCCUUACUCUAGAGAAAAGCUUCAAAUGUGGUAAAGCAAAGCGGUAGGCCAAAAGCCCUUGUUAAUCUCAUGUAUUCCAAAGCACUUCUUUUGCACAAAGUCUUAUGAAUCGCAAUGGGGUUUGUUACUAAACCACAGGCCUGAGAGCCCCUAUCCAGUUAUAGUCUCAAGCAACUGUUCAUACACAUCAGCCGAUGAACCCAGCUUCACCUCCCCGUUCACAUGAAAAGACGAUGUGGGACCGUUCAGCAGGGCUCAGAUUAAUGGCACAAUGCAUAGGUAUCUUCAAAGCAAAUUGACGAAGGAACUCAGCUACAUCUAGUGUCCCGAUCCUGGAUACCCAUCCCGCCACGUUCCCUAAGAGGAUUUUAACAGAGGUGGAUGGGAGUCAGUCUUGGGAGAGAGGCAAGAUCGUAUCUGGAUUCUGUGCAGUGCAAGCCUUAGAUUUCCUGAUGAAUAUCUCGGGUUCAACGAGCAGCAGGCUGUUAUCUUCGUGCUCCAUAUCACAAAGUUCCUCUCUCAGUCGAUUUAAGAUUAAAACCUAUUAAAUUUCUAUAUUGUACAGAUCUAUGCAUUAAUAAAUUUUCUCUUCUAAUUCUAGUGUGACACUUUUCAGAGCCGAAUUGGCUGUAUGAGCAGUAUCAUUAAAGGUACCUUCAAAGCGAGUGCAAGACUGUAAACCUCACAUACAGAGCCAGACUUCAGUCAACCAGUUUAGAAAACCACGAAAGGAAUGAACUUGGCUGAUAUUCCAGCCUAGACCAUUCCCACCACACCUUUCUAGGUCAGGUCAGCACUAGACAUUCUAUUAUCCUGGGUUUACCUCUUCCAAUACUACAUUCGAUUCCUACG